AAACUAGAAUACCUAAUGCUUAAAGCCAUAAAAAAUCAAACGUCAAACUCUGUACCUGUAGAGAAACAAAAUAAAAGUUACUUUUCGGUCGGAAGACAAACUACUGUUGAGGAACCGAUAUUUAACCAUAAAAUGCCAAAAAACAAGAAGAAGCAGGAAAGCUCCAGCAGCUCUGAUAGCGAUGAUGGACCUGUUGAUAGAAACCCACCACCAGAAAAGAAAGCCAAAAUGGGAAACAGGACAGAUGACAAAGAGCCAACAUGGGUACUGCAAGGCAAAAAGUUGGUUAAAAUAAGGGAGUUCAAAGGAAAGUUAUAUAUAGAUAUAAGAGAAUUUUAUGAAAAGAAUGGUGAGCUGUUACCGGGCAAGAAGGGUAUUAGCAUGACACCUGAGCAAUGGAGGAAGCUUAUGUCACUGGGUGAUGAAAUAAAUGAAACACUUAGUACUUUAUGUUAAACUGUUUGUUGUUUCUUGUAAUAAAUGUUUGAGUAUUUGUAAAACA